GGAGAAGAUGCUCAGAGGUCUGACAAGUCGGAGCUGGAACACAUCACACACACACUGCUAGGCUCAGGGGGCGUUUGGAGAACAAAACUAAUCGAAGCUCUUAGAAUGUGCAGAAACACACCUUGAGAAGUGAAUAUAGAAAAGUUAAAACAAUGGACAGAAGACAAAAGAGGCUUCAGCAGCUGCUCAGCUUCGCUGUUCUUCUUGUUUGUGCCCACUGUCAGUGUCAGCAAGGCUGGAGGGAGUAUGAGACCAAAUGUUACUUCUUUUCAACUGAUGUAAAGUCAUGGAUGGAGGCUAAUGCAUUUUGUUUGGAGCACAACAGCAACCUGAUGAGCAUUCAGGACAUUCACGAGAGGCUGUGGGUGCGAACACAAAUCAGCACAGAGAUCUACUGGAUGGGCCUGAAUGACCAAGUCUCAGAAGGCGUGUGGGAGUGGAGUGAUGGGAGUCCUUUCAUCGAAUAUCUGUCAUUCUGGAUGCCAAACCAGCCCGAUAACUGGCAAAAUGAGGACUGUGGUCAUGUGGUUGGAUCCAGCUAUGGACAAUGGAAUGACGAAAACUGCAAUAUUAAGAGGAAAUACAUUUGCAAGCAUGUCAACCCUAAUCCCGGCCCACAGUGUGACCUGGCAAACGGGUGGCGACCGCACGGCUCCAACUGCUACAAGCUGAAGGCGGACGUCAGGAAGAGCUGGGCGGCAGCCAGACAUGACUGUGUGCUGGAGGGAGGAGACCUGGUGUCCAUUGCCUCUGCAGCAGAUGAGCAGUACGUCACAGGAACUCUGGACCCGUCACGGUUUGACCUCUGGCUUGGGCUUUCCACACUGAAAUGCAACCAGAUUUCGUGUGAAGUUGAGGCGGGGAACAGCCAGUUCACCUGGUCUGAUGCUCAACAAGUGCAGUACACAAACUGGGCCGGUGGUGAACCUACAGUUGAUGCACAGUCGGGCUCAUGUUCUGCAAUAAUCAAAGACGCAUCGGAGGAAUUCGGGAAAUGGCGGUCGCACGUGUGCAGAUAUGAGCGUCCGUACAUGUGUAAACGGCCACUGAACACCAUCUGUCCCACUGGCUGGAUGAGCUUCGCUGGCAGUUGUUAUUGGAUGGUCAGCAACAUCAAUCUCUUGACCACCUGGCACGAGGCCCUCACCAAGUGCUCAGACAUGGGCGCCCACUUGCUGAUUAUAAACAGUCAAGAAGAACAAUUCUUCAUCAAUGGGAAUCUCCCAGACUUCCACCAAGUGGACAUUCCUGACAUCUGGAUCGGUUUAUCAGACAAGGACCAGGAUGGAGACUUCAAAUGGGUGGAUAAGUCCCUGAUUACAUUCUCCAACUAUGGUGCCGGUUGGCCCAGAAACACUGCAGGUCUGUGGGACUGUGGGCAGAUCUUCACAGGGAAUUAUGACGGCAAGUGGGAAACGACCAGCUGCUUCAAGAGCCUGGGUUACAUCUGUGAGAUGACGGGUGGACAGAAUCCUAAACCAACUUCAGCUCCUGAUUCCCACUGUGACCCUGGGUAUUUGUUGUACAGGGAUUUCUGCUAUCAUUUCGAGGGCGAGAGGGUGAAAACAUGGCAGGACGCCGAGGCUCACUGUAACAGCGAGCAAGGUCACCUGACCAGCUUCCACUCACAGGAAGAACUGAGUUUCCUGACUGCUCACAUGCCAGGGGAGGCCUGGGUGGGUUUGAACGACAUCAAUAUUGAAAACCAGUUUGUGUACACCGAUGGAACGCCUGCGGACUUCCUUCUGUGGGAGCCCCACCAGCCAGACAACGGGCAGAACAAUGAGGACUGUGUGCACCUCAGAGGGAUGACUCACACGGAAGCUGGGAAACUCAACGAUGAUGUCUGCUCUAGCACAAAGGAAUACAUCUGCAAAAAAGCCAAGGGACAAGGACCUCCUCCCCAGCCGCCAACAUCUGGACCAGGGUGGAAUGCGAAAUGUGGUUCGUGGAUGUCCGACCCUUUUAACGACUACUGCUACCUGUUCAACUACCUGUCAAUGAGGAAGUGGGCGGAGGCUCGAGCCGACUGCGUCAACCAGGGUGGAGACCUCGUCAGCGUCACCGACCCCUUUGAACAAGCCUUCAUUCAGGGUGUGAUCCAGAUGAGUCCCACAGGGAUCGCUCUGUGGACAGGCGGCCAUGACUCCAUCACUGAGGGUGGCUGGGAGUGGACAGAUGGCUCUCCUUUCAGAUACAUUCGCUGGGGUGCAGGUAACCCGGAUGACUAUUACGGUGAAGACUGCCUCUCCAUAUAUAUCAACAGCGGUUACUGGAAUGAUGACAACUGUGACUACAACAGAGGAUACAUCUGCAAGCGGAGAGGAAACACACCAGAGCCUCCUCCACCUCAUGAUGGUUUUAUGACGGCGCUGGUGUGCCAGGACUCGUCUGCCGUCCUUCACUGUCCACAUGAAAGCGUCAUCAACAUCCAGUCUGCCUUCUAUGGACGACAGAGUGCCGACAUCUGUCCACACCUGGAUGAGUCAGGAGGAAGCUGCACAGUGGAAGGAGUCCUUCCUGAAAUAAGGAAGACGUGUGACAAUCGACCCUACUGCUUUGUGUAUGCCCACACGGAGGUGGACUCCUGUCCCGCGGUUUCCAAAUAUCUCGAGAUCGUCUACAGCUGCGAACAAAAAGUGUGUCUGCACGGCCUCGGUGUCGAGGAUGGAAACGUCACAGACUCCCAGCUCCUCGCUUCCUCCUCCAACGGGCUCUUCACUCCCAGCAAAGCCCGUUUGAAUGGAAAUUCCUGCUGGAUGCCUACAGGAAACCCCACUUCGAGCUGGAUCCAGGUAAACCUUGGCCAGACCAGAAAAGUGACAGGGAUAGUGAUCCAAGGUUGUCCUCACAAUGACCACUGGCUCACUAAAUUCAAGAUCCAGCACAGUACGGACGGAAGAACCUGGACUGAUUACACCGCCGACGGCCAAUUUUUCCCAGGUUCAACAGACAGGAACACUCCCGACACUCAGCUGCUGGGAACGCCAGUGUCAGCUCAGUACGUCCGCAUCCUGCCGCUGGAGUUCAGCGGGCAGGCGGGCCUUCGCUUCGACGUCUUGGGAUGCACCCCAGACUAUGCGAUCACGUGCGCUAACAAGCCCAACUUCAACUUUGCCAAUGAAAAAAUGACUGUCCACUGUCCGGCAGGCUGUGCCAAUGCAAACUACAGAGUGUAUGGCACGUCUGUAUAUCGUGGGGACUCAAAUAUCUGUGCUGCAGCGCUCCACGCUGGAGUGAUUCUGAACAACAUCGGAGGAGACUGCACUGUGUUGAAAGCUGCAGGACAGGACUUCUAUGGCGGCUCGACCAGGAAUGGCAUCACCUCCAGACAAUACGAUGGAAACUACGCUGUGUCGUACACUUUUGCAGAUGGGGAGCUGAGGUGCUCUGGGCCUGACUGGUAUGAGUUUGGAGAGUUCUGCUACAAACCCUUUGGAGACAGAAAGACGUGGCAUGGCGCCCGGGACACCUGCAGGAGUCUGGGAGCCGACCUGGUGUCCGUCCUGUCGAUGACAGAGCAGAGCUGGCUGGAGAGUUACAUGUACAUGGCCACCAGUGACGUGUGGAUCGGUCUGAACGACCUGUUCGUGCCCGGUAUGUUCUCCUGGUCGGACGAGCACAUGGUGACCUUCACCUACUGGGCUCCAGGGGAACCCAACAACCACGACGGCUUCACCGAAGACUGUGUAAAGAUGUUACACCAGACUGGCCGGUGGAAUGACAUGUCCUGCACAGAGCUCAAUACCUACAUAUGCAAAACGCCCAAAGCACAUUACCCAGUGCCUUCUGUGAGGCCCACAGUAUAUGGAUGUCCUCAGGGGUGGGAUGCGUACGGAUACUCCUGCUACUGGACGGAGGAGACAGCCCGGAGCUGGUCCGACGCCAAGGCCUUCUGUACAGAGCAGGACGGCUUCCUGCUUCACAUCGGAGACGUCUAUGAGCAGGCACAUUUCACUGUGGCACUGUCGGGGAAGAUGGGUUUGUGGUGGCUUGGCCUGCGAGCCCGCGGAGGGACGGCCGGAGGGGUGGACUACAUCUGGGACGACGGAUCCCCUCUCACCUUCACUCACUGGGACAGAGACCAGCCAAACAAUGAAGAUGGCACCUGUGUGGCUAUGACAACGGGUCAGAUUGGUGGUUUCUGGGACGACAAGCAGUGCUCAGAGAAACACGCCUUCAUCUGUGAGAGACACAGGCCUGACAUCACCCCACCCACCAAACCCCCAACUCCUCCUCCCGCACAGGGCUGUGCUGACGGCUGGACGGCCCAGCCUCACUUCAGGCACUGUUACAGGCUCUUCCACAACGUGGACUGGUCCUUGAGGAAGAGCUGGGGGGCAGCGCACGAGGACUGUGUCGCCAGAGGAGCGAAUCUAGUGAGCAUCCACAGUCAGGAGGAGGAGGAGUUCCUGUCCGUGUACAGCAAAGCCAGCAGCAAGUGGAUCGGCCUCAAGCACAACCCCACGGAAGGAGGCUAUUCUUGGAGCGACGGCACACCUCUGUCCCACACCAACUGGGGUCGCGGGGAACCGAACGACCACGACGGCCGAGAGGAGUGCGUGGAGAUGGUGAGCAGCACCAACGGGACCUACUCCUGGUGGAACGACCUCAACUGUGACGCUCACCAGGACUGGAUAUGCAUGAUCGCAAAGGGAAAGAACCCCAUCCUGCCCCCAGUACCCCCACCUCCAGUCCCAGCACCGGAAUGCGGAACCAACGUGGGCUGGAGGAAGAACAACAACAUCUGUUAUUACCACAACGACACCGACAUCGUGGACUUCCAAACGGCUAUGAUGCGCUGCUAUGCUGAGAAGGCCUCGCUCGUCUCCAUCCUCAACAAAGAGGAACAGGCCUACGUUAACAGCAUGGUGGGGACGGGGGAUGUUGCUGCAGCCUGGAUCGGAAUGAGGGUGGCUGGCAUUGCGAACGCACAGUACAUCUGGGUGGACUACUCCCCGGUGAUGUACACCCACUGGGGCUCAGGUGAGCCCAACAACGCCAACGGGGAGGAGCAGUGUGUUCAGAUGAACAGACAGCAAGGUGGAUGGAACGACGCCAACUGUGGUCGGGCCGGAGCAGGUUACGUCUGCAAGAAGUUCCCCGGGAGCGACCACACCCCUCCCCCACCCACACAGCCCUGGGAGGGCAACUGCCCCGAAGGUUGGCUGCGGUUCAAGGACAAGUGCUUCAUGUUCAAAGGGAAGAAAGACGACGUCAAAGCCAACUGGUCUCACGCUCGGAGUUGGUGCAAAGACCAAGGAGGGGAGCUGGCGGUGAUUGAUGACCAAUACGAGAACGACUUUGUGUCCAGUUACCUGAGGGACCUGGAGCUGCCCACAUGGAUCGGCCUGUCUGAUCUGCUGUCAGAGAACCAGUACGCCUGGAGUGACGGGGUCAGCCCCGUGCGCUACACCAACUGGAAUGACAAGGAGCCCAACAACGCAGGCGGAGCGGAACACUGCGUGGCGAUGAGUCACAGCCCGCUCGUGAGUGGCAAGUGGAAUGACGAUGCCUGUCACAAGGAUCACAGCUUCGUCUGCUACAGGAAGAAAUCGAGCAGUAUCGACCCUCCACCCCCAACCGCAAGCCCCUGCCCGGACGGGUACGUCUCCUGGUACCAGAGCUGCUACAAGCUGAUGGAGGAGCCGGCGUCCUGGGACGCGGCCCAGACGGCCUGCGAGCAGCAGGGGGGGAACCUGGCCAGCGUCGACAUGAGCUACGACCAGGCCUUCCUCGCAGGAGCGGUGCUGCAGGGCAGAGCCGACGCCUGGAUCGGCCUCAGGCGCAAGGACGACGGCUCGUACGCGUGGACCGACGGCUGGCCAGUGUUUUUCACUCAGUGGGGACCCGGCGAGCCGAGCAACAUCAAGGAUGAGGGCUGCGUGAGCAUGCACGCGUCGCGCGUGUUCCACGGGACCUGGAAUGACACCAGGUGCGACGUGGCCAAGCCCUUCAUCUGCAAGAUCUCCUCAGAGAGCCCGCCACCCACUCCCGUCCCGGGCGAUGGGAAGUGUCUGCCCUUCUGGGUCCCCUACGGCCGCCACUGUUACUACGUGUACGACGAGCAGCAGGGCUUCUCCUGGCCCGACUCCCGACACUACUGCCAGUCCAUCCGGGCCGAGCUGGUGUCGCUCCACAGCAGAGCGGAGGUGGAGUUCGUCAGGAACCUCAACUACACCAAGCGUCACCACAUCUGGAUCGGACUCACCAGGGACCGCAACUUCGGCUGGGGCUGGACGGACAAGACGUCCGUGGGCUUCCUCAACUGGGCCCCCGGGGAGCCCAACGCGGCCUUUCACCCCGGGGACGUGGCCGAGGAGAGCUGCGUGGAGAUGUACGCCGACGGCCGCUGGAAUGACAACAACUGCCUGCAGAAGAGAGGGUUUGCGUGUCGCCACCACCAGUACUAUACGACAGAUGAUGGCGGUAAUCCUGUUUACCCCACGGAUGGUCCAGAUGUCAACCACGCAGGAGCGAUUGCCGGUGGCAUCAUCGCAGCGGUCCUGAUUUCCAUCGCGAUAGCUGGAAUACUGUACUACGUCUUCAGCGUCCGCGGCUACAAACUCAGCAGCAUGAGUCUGCCAACGAAAAACGCCAUUGUCGUCGACGUGCCCGCAUUCAACAACCCCAACUUCGGAGGAGAAUCAGACACAUAAACCAUCCUUUGUUCUGUAAAGUAGAUAAAGAUUUUUAUAAGAUAAACAAAUCAGUUAUAAUGUAGAUUAAACAGUAUUGUAUGUAUUGUAAUUAAACUAGACUAUCUAAUGUUUUUUAUGUUUACAGGAAUAAUUGUAAUACAAUUCAGAAAUGUAAUUCUUUGUGUUUUAUCUAAUAAAUUUUACCACCAAAUAUGAAAA